UUUUUUUUUUUUUUUUUUAUUUGGUGUUUUUCCCAGCGUGCGAUGGCUUCUGGUCGCGUUAGUGGCACAUGAAAAGAGAUGUGCAAAACUUAGCAGCACUUCAACGCUUGUUGCUAGUGUGUGCCCUUAUUGCUUUGCGUGCGCCUGUUGCGCGCCAGCCCAACCUUCGCACCCGCACCCGCCCCACUGCCAUCGCCUCUCCUAAUCCAAUAACAAAUCACUCUCCCACUAUCUUCCUCGACAAUAACGGAUUUGAAAUUGAUAAGAUCAUCACCACGACUGAUCCUAUCGUAGAGAUCUCGGUUUCUGAUCCGCGAUCCAUGUCGAAAGCUCGAGUUUAUGCCGAUGUUAACGUUUUGCGUCCCAAGGAGUACUGGGAUUACGAGUCUCUCACUGUUCAAUGGGGGGACCAAGAUGAUUAUGAAGUUGUUCGUAAAGUUGGAAGGGGAAAGUAUAGUGAGGUUUUUGAAGGCAUAAAUGUGAAUAACAACGAACGGUGCAUAAUCAAGAUUCUCAAACCUGUUAAGAAAAAGAAGAUCAAGAGGGAAAUAAAAAUACUUCAGAAUCUCUGUGGUGGCCCAAAUAUAGUUAAACUUCUUGAUAUUGUUAGAGAUCAGCACUCCAAGACUCCCAGCCUGAUAUUUGAAUAUGUGAACAGUACAGAAUUCAAAGUUUUGUACCCCACACUGACUGAUUAUGACAUACGUUACUACAUAUAUGAGCUUCUCAAGGCAUUGGAUUACUGCCAUUCACAAGGAAUAAUGCAUAGAGAUGUCAAGCCUCACAAUGUCAUGAUUGACCAUGAGUUGCGAAAACUUCGCUUGAUAGACUGGGGUCUUGCCGAAUUUUACCAUCCUGGCAAGGAAUAUAAUGUUCGGGUGGCAUCAAGAUAUUUUAAGGGUCCUGAGCUUCUAGUUGAUUUACAAGACUAUGAUUAUUCUUUAGACAUGUGGAGCCUUGGUUGCAUGUUUGCAGGAAUGAUAUUUAGAAAAGAGCCAUUCUUUUAUGGCCAUGACAACCAUGAUCAGCUUGUGAAAAUUGCGAGGGUACUUGGAACUGAUGAAUUGAAUGCAUAUCUGAAUAAAUAUCACUUAGAGCUUGAUCCUCAACUUGAUGCACUUGUUGGGAGGCACAGUAGAAAGCCCUGGUCCAAAUUUAUUAAUGCAGACAAUCAGCAUCUGGUUUCUCCAGAGGCCAUUGAUUUUCUUGAUAAGCUCCUUCGGUAUGAUCAUAAUGACAGGCUAACUGCAAGAGAAGCAAUGGCACAUCCAUAUUUUUCACAAGUGAGGGCUGCAGAAAGUAGCAGAAUGCGGACACAGUAGGCCAUUACAUGGGCGGAUGUAUCAUCCUUCUGAUUAUCUAGUGCAUAAAACAAUUGUGGUUGUCUUUUGUUAAUUGCAGGCAGUUAAAGAUUGUGUAUGGAUUUUUACUGCAGUGAUCUGUCACUUGUUUGAGAAAGAAUAUAAUGUUAUCUUGUUGUUAUGACUUGUAUUUUUAUGAGAAUUUACUUUGUGAGAAA